AUAACUCUUUGUUUUCAUUUUGAGGGAAGCUUAAGCUUAGCAAGUGCGAGGCCAUGUCACUCUCUGUAAACCCCCAAUCCUCUAAGCUUUUCUCUCUCCUCCCCGCCAAACCUCUCUCUCUCACCACCACACCUCACAAGCUCUCACUGCCCACAACCAUAAAGUUUCAGAGAAAACUACACACACUCUCACCCUCUGUUAACUCAUCUUACUCCAUUCAAAACGACCCUUUCGAAGAAGACCAUGUAAUCGGUGACUGCGUUGUCUUCGAAGAGGGCAUAUUCGACGACCCUUAUCUCCAAAACAACACCAAAGUCGAUACUUUUAAGCCAACCAAAGCAAAACCCAGAAAAGCUAUCGAUGAAAUUGGGUCUGAGAACUUGGUUCCGGACCAAUGGAGAGAUGUACAAGCAGAGAUUAAUAUAACGAAGAAAGAGAGGCGCAAGAUAGCUCAAGAAGUGCAGUUUGGUACGAGGGUCGAGAAGCGGAAGAAGGGGUUAGAGCCCAUAAGGGAUUUGAAUUUGGAGGAGUACUUGGCGUACAGAGAGGCCAAGUUGAAUCAAUUGAAGCCGCUUGUUUUGGAUGACGCUUCAGGUUUGGCUCAGGUCGAGGAUGCUAAAGCUAAGGAGUUGAAAGAUAAUGAAGGUAAUGAUGGGUCUUUGAGUGAGCGAGUGGCGCCUAAGAAUCCAAGGUGGGCGGUUUAUGGGAAGGGUCUGGAGGAUGUUACUGAGUUCUUUAACAGUGAGCAUUACGAGCCUGGUGCUAAGAAAUCUGAAGGACCCCGAAAGUUGUUUACGAAAGAGGAGAAGGCUAUGCUAAAUAAGCGAAAACCUGAUAUAGCUGCUGCCACCUCUAGCAAAUGGCUACCACUUCACACUCUUGCUGCAUCAGGAGAAUUUUACCUUAUGGAUGCUUUAUUGAAACAUAAUGCUGAUAUCAAUGCUGUGGAUAAGGAUGGUUGGAAUUCUCUUCAUAAAGCAAUUCUUGGUAAAAAUCAGGCCAUCACGAACUAUCUUUUAAGAGAAUCAGCUAAUCCGUUUAUUCGUGAUAAAGAGGGCGCCACCUUGAUGCAUUAUGCUGUCCGAACAGCUUCCAGUCAAGCAAUUAAAAUUCUUCUGUUAUAUAAUGUUGAUAUAAACCUUCAGGACAAUGAUGGAUGGACACCAUUACAUCUAGCUGUUCAAGGCCGAAGAACAGAUGUGGUGAGGCUUUUAUUGAUUAAAGGAUCGGAUAAGACAUUGAAGAAUAAGGAUGGUUUAACCCCUCUUGACCUUUGCCUCUAUUCUGGUCAAGAAACAAGGACUUAUGAGCUAAUUAAGCUGUUGAAGCUUCUUCCCAAGCCACGCUAAUCGGUCAAUAUUCGAACCACAAAUCUACCUGAUCAGUGUUUCGGCUGCCCAAAUGAUCUGAUGACAAGCCAGGGUUUGAUCUAUACCAUAACUUUUAUACAAAAGUUUCAGCAUUUCAGAUGAUCAUCCAUCA